CCUUCCAAGGGUGAAGGGGACUGAGAAAUCUUACCAAAAAAAAAAAAAACAAGAAGACUGAGAAAUACCAGUCUCAACUCCCAACUGUGCUUCUGCUUUUCCUUUUCACCCUUUUCCUCUCGAAUCCUCCGCCUCUUCGAUUAUUCUUCUGGAAUAGAAUCUCACUGACAAUCUUUGUUCUCAAGUCCCAUUGCUCCUCAAUUUGGGGGGUCGUCGUUUUCGAUUUCUCCUGCAAAGAAGUAGUCUCUUUUUUCUCGCUGUGGCUCUGCUAAAAGAUGGCGAUUAGGAGUAACCCACCUUCUCUAACACCAACCAUUUUGCUCCUCGUCGUCCAGACCAUAUGAAUCCUUGAAAAAAAUGGUUCUUGGUACAUAAAAUAGAUUCAAAGCAGUCUGAUUUACUGGCUUGGAAUCGAUGGCUGGUCGAAGAUUGCAAGCAAUCGAAGAUAAAAGAGAUGGUUUAUUCUCCAGUCCUGGGAUUAAUAUACAAUGGGGUCUCCAAGAGGGCUCUUUUCACCCAGGAGGCUUAUUCGCGAGCGUCGGUCAGAUGGGAAUGGGUUUUGGAAUUUCUCCGAAUCCGAAUCCACAGAAUUCGAGAGACAAUGGAUUGAAGCUCCCCUACACAGACCUUUAUGUGAAGUAUGUGUCGUCACCGGAAUUUGGUUUCAGGAUUGUAGGGGUUCCUCCAGAGCCGGUGGUGGGUGAGGCUGAGGAGGCAUUAGAAGGGUUGAUGAGGAAGAAGAAAGGAGGUCUUAAGCUUAAGGUGAAGAUAAAAAAUCCUUCUUUGAGGAGGUUAAUCAGUGGUGCGAUUGCUGGUGCUGUGUCGAGAACGGCGGUUGCCCCCUUGGAGACGAUAAGGACUCACCUAAUGGUGGGGAGCAGUGGGCACUCAACCACUGAAGUCUUCCAGACUAUAAUGAAAACUGAUGGAUGGAAGGGCCUGUUUAGGGGUAAUUUCGUGAAUGUGAUUCGUGUUGCUCCAAGCAAGGCAAUUGAGUUAUUUGCUUAUGAUACAGUUAGGAAAAACUUGACACCCAAACCUGGAGAGCAGCCUAUACUCCCUAUCCCAGCCUCAUUGGUUGCAGGAGCAAUUGCAGGAGUUAGCUCAACCUUGUGUACUUAUCCUCUUGAGCUCAUCAAGACUCGUCUAACCAUACAGAGAGGCGUGUAUAAGAACCUGUUAGAUGCGUUCCUGAAAAUAUUGCGAGAGGAGGGACCUGCAGAGCUAUACAGGGGUCUCACUCCAAGUCUUAUAGGAGUAGUCCCUUAUGCUGCUAGCAAUUAUUUUGCUUAUGAUACACUACGAAAAGCUUAUCGGAAGGUCUUCAAGCAGGAGGAAAUUGGUAACAUUGAGACCCUUCUGAUUGGAUCUGCAGCUGGUGCAAUUGCAAGCAGUGCAACUUUUCCUCUUGAGGUGGCUCGCAAGCACAUGCAGGUGGGAGCUCUUAGUGGCAGGCAGGUCUACAAGAACUUACUUCAUGCUCUGUCAACCAUACUGGAACAGGAAGGGCUUGGAGGUCUCUAUAAAGGUUUGGGCCCAAGCUGCAUGAAGUUAGUCCCUGCUGCUGGGAUUUCAUUCAUGUGCUAUGAGGCAUGCAAGAGGAUAUUAGUUGAGAAGGAGGAGGAGGCAUAAUUAAUGGUCUCAGAAUGUGAGCUCAUUAGGGAAACAAGUGAAUACCUGAGUUAUUUUUUGUGUAAUCUUUAACAGAAAGGAAAGCCGGCCCCGAUAAAAAUAUAUUUAUUUUGGUUCAUCUAUCGGUUCUUCUCAUUCAUUCUCUAGGAGCCUUUAUUUUUAGAUAGGUGAGAUCUGAAGACAGCUUCAAAGAUUAAUCAGAUAACUUCGCUAUCUUUGUGAUCCAAAGAUUGGUUUAGUGGUGAAAAUUUUUCAGGUUUCAAGUACAUUUCAAUGGAAGAUUUCACCUUUGUUUCCA